AACAUACUUUGGUUGAUCAAUGCUUGUGGGUCGAACAACAACAAAUAUCUCUGCAGGUUUGCUAACUAGGGUGGUUAGUUAGUUAGCUGUCAAAUCAUGCUUCUUCAGACUUUCAGGCCAUGGCUGACCUUGCUCCGUUGCAGAGGAUUGCCAGUAGCAACAACACGACUUUACCACGGUGACAGAGUCGCAGCCGUCGGUACACAGCCUGACACACAGUCCGCGGAGUUUGCGGAAAACUAUGAACGAAUGCAAGUCCUUGUUGAUGAGUUGAAAGGCAGAUCGGAGAAAAUCAAAUUGGGUGGAGGAGAACGUGCCAGAAAGCUACACAUCUCCAGAGGGAAGCUCCUCCCCAGAGAACGCAUAGACAGACUGCUGGACCCAGGGUCUCCGUUCCUGGAAUUCUCCCAGUUUGCAGCAUAUGAGCUCUAUGGGAAAGAGGAGGUUCCAGCAGGAGGCAUCAUCACAGGGAUUGGCAGAGUCUCAGGGGUGGAGUGUGUGAUUGUUGCUAACGACGCCACAGUGAAAGGAGGCACCUACUACCCAGUCACAGUGAAGAAGCAUCUCCGAGCCCAGGAGAUCGCUCAGCAGAACCACCUGCCAUGUAUCUACCUGGUGGACUCCGGAGGAGCCAACCUCCCCAGACAGGCCGAGGUCUUCCCGGACAGAGAACACUUUGGACGGAUCUUCUUCAACCAGGCUCGCCUCUCCUCAGACGGAAUAGCACAGAUAGCGGUGGUUAUGGGGUCGUGUACAGCGGGAGGAGCGUAUGUCCCAGCCAUGGCUGAUGAGAGUAUCAUCGUCAGGAAACAAGGAACCAUCUUCCUGGGAGGACCUCCUCUGGUAAAAGCAGCAACAGGGGAGACCGUCUCUGCUGAGGAUCUUGGAGGGGCGGAUCUUCACUGCAGGAAGUCAGGCGUAACAGACCACUACGCUCUAGACGAUAGCCACGCCCUUCACCUGGCUCGCAAGGCCGUCCGCAACCUCAACUACACCAAGAACAUACAGGUGACCACAGAGACCCCCGAGGCGCCUCUCUACCCAGCUGAGGAGCUGUAUGGCAUCGUAGGAGCCAACCUCAAACGCAACUUUGACGUCAGAGAGGUGAUAGCCAGGAUUGUCGAUGGCAGCCGGUUUGAUGAGUUCAAAGCCUUCUACGGAGAUACGGUGGUCACAGGGUUCUCCAGGAUAUUUGGUUACCCUGUUGGAAUCAUUGGUAACAAUGGAGUCCUGUUCUCAGAGUCUGCUAAGAAAGCAACUCAUUUCAUAGAGUUAUGCUGUCAAAGAAACAUUCCACUUAUCUUUCUACAAAACAUCACGGGCUUCAUGGUGGGCAGGGAGUACGAGGCAGGUGGCAUCGCCAAGGACGGGGCUAAGAUGGUCACGGCGGUUGCGUGUGCCAACGUGCCCAAGAUCACGGUGAUCAUCGGCGGCUCGUACGGAGCGGGCAACUACGGAAUGUGUGGCAGAGCCUACAGCCCCCGGUUUCUGUACAUGUGGCCCAACUCCCGUAUCUCUGUGAUGGGUGGAGAGCAGGCUGCCACCGUACUAGCGACCAUCACGAGAGACCAGCGGACUAGAGAGGGCAAGGAGUUCACAGCAGAGCAGGAGGCCGCCAUGAAGGAGCCCAUCGUCAAACGGUUUGAAGAGGAAGGAAGCCCGUACUUCUCCAGCGCUAGGCUGUGGGAUGACGGCAUCAUCGACCCGGCUGACACUCGUCUGGUUCUGGGAAUGAGUCUCAGUGCUACACUCAAUGCCCCGACACAGAGGACACGCUUCGGAGUGUUCCGGAUGUAGACAUCCACGGACCCACUAGAGGACAGGCUAGACAUCCACGGACCCACUAGAGGACAGGCUAGACAUCCACGGACCCACUAGAGGACAGGCUAGACAUCCACGGACCCACUAGAGGACAGGCUAGACAUCCACAGACCCACUAGAGGACAGACUGAACAUCCACAGACCCACUAGAGGACAGACUGAACAUCCACAGACCCACUAGAGGACAGACUGAACAUCCACAGACCCACUAGAGGACAGACUAAACAUCCACAGACAGACUAGUGGACAGACUGAACAUCCACAGACCCACUAGAGGACAGACUAGACAUCCACAGACCCACUAGAGGACAGACUGAACAUCCACAGACCCACUAGAGGACAGACUGAACAUCCACAGACCCACUAGAGGACAGACUGAACAUCCACAGACCCACUAGAGGACAGACUGAACAUCCACAGACCCACUAGAGGACAGACUGAACAUCCACAGACCCACUAGAGGACAGACUGAACAUCCACAGACCCACUAGAGGACAGACUGAACAUCCACAGACCCACUAGAGGACAGACUGAACAUCCACAGACCCACUAGAGGACAGACUGAACAUCCACAGACCCACUAGAGGACAGACUCUGGAGCCAGUCUGUAGUGAUACAAGGACUGUAUCCUGUAUGCGACGUCCCAAAUGGAACCCUAUUCCCUAUGCACUACUACCCCAUGGGCCCUGGUCAAAUGUAGUGCACUACUACCCCAUGGGCCCUGGUCAAAUGUAGUGCACUUUAAAGGGAAUAGGGAGCCAUUUGGGACAAUGGUGCAUUUUGUAGAAACAGUAUAUUGCACAACCCCAGGCAGCGUUGUCAGUAGUGUGUGGUGACUGACCAUAGAAGAAGAUUUUGUUCUGGAAAAGCUACUAAACUGUCAUCUUUGUUCAAAUGUAUCUGUAAUCAUUAAUCAGUGUCAAUAAGGAGACUUGUGUUAAAAGUCAAGAGAUAAGUAAUGGAACCUCAUGUCAGAAUCCUAAGUGUCCUCCUGAUCACACUCCGUGCCUCUCUACUACUUCUGAUAGGGUCAAACAUCAGGAUUCGUAUCACACCUCUUCUGGGAACUGGGAGUCUCUAUCUAACCAACUCUGGUUUUUGUAUGUUGCUUCUAUUUUCUCUAGAUUUUGAUUAACACUGGUGUUCACCAAUUAAAUUAACUGACCGCACACGGAAA